AUGGAAGAAGUAGAACCCUCAAAUUCACAAGAAAAAGAUAGUAAUGAAGAAUUGAAGAAAAGGGUUUGGGAAGAAUCAAAGAAAAUAUGGAGAAUUGCAUUUCCUUCGAUGUUGACAAAGAUUACUCAGUUUGGAAUGCUUGUAGUAACACAGGGAUUCAUUGGACACAUCGGAGAAGUAGAACUUGCAGCUUUUGCUCUUGUUCAGAUUAUUUCCGUUCGGUUUGUACAAGGAAUAGUGCUUGGCAUGUCAAGUGCAAUGGAGACUCUGUGCGGGCAAGCAUUCGGAGCAAAGCAAUACCACAUGAUGGGUAUCUACUUGCAGCGAUCAUGGAUUAUCAAUUUUUCGACGGCAACAGUUCUCCUUCCUGUCUUCAUCUUCUCAUCCCAAGUCCUUAAACUACUUGGCCAGGAAGAAGAUACAGCUAGAAAAGCUGGAAUUAUCUCGCUUUGGUUCAUCCCUUCAAUCUACUCUUCGAUACUUAACUUCACCAUGGAGAAGUUCUUGCAAGCUCAGCUCAAGAAUAUAGUUGUUGGGUGUCUUUCUGCUACGUCGUUUGUUCUUCAUCUGCUCUUGUCGUGGAUCUUUCUCGUCAAACUUAACCUGGGGAUUCCUGGUGCUAUGGGUGCAAUGAUUAUAUCAAAUUGGUUGGUUGUAAUAGGAGACUUAGUGUACAUUUUUGGUGGGUGGUGUCCUAACACAUGGAAAGGUUUCACUCUUGCUGCCUUCUCCGAUUUAGUCCCUUUAUUAAAGCUCUCGUUAUCUUCAGGAUUGAUGUUGUGCUUACAGCUAUGGUACACUGCAGUUUUAGUCUUAUUGGCUGGAUAUAUGAAAAAUGCGAAAACUGCAAUAUCUGCUUUCUCCAUCUGCCUCAAUAUCACAGCUUGGGAUGCAAUGCUGUGUCUGGGUUUCUUAGCGGCUGCUAGCGUUCGGGUUUCAAAUGAAUUGGGAAAAGAAGAUGCCAAAGCUGCAAAAUUCUCCGUCAAACUGAACUUGGCAACUUCAUUUUGCAUUGGAGUUUUCCUCUGGAUUAUGUGUUUGUUGUUUGGCCAGAAAAUUGCUUACUUGUUUACCAGUAAAACGGCAGUAGCAGAAUAUGUGUCAAGUCUUUCUCUCCCUCUUGCUUUCUCAGUUCUCCUCAACGGCGUUCAGCCAAUUUUCUCAGGGGCAGCAGUAGGUGCUGGCAGGCAAAGUUUGGUAGCAUACGUUAAUUUAUUUUGCUACUAUGUAGUUGGUGUGCCUGUUGGUGUUAUUCUUGGAUUUGCAGUUCAUCUUCAAGUAAAGGGCAUUUGGAUUGGAUUGAUAGUUGGAGCUGCUAUGCAAACACUUACACUUGCAUAUAUUACAUUUAGGACCGACUGGGAUGAGCAGGUGAAAAAAGCAACAGAACGUUUGAAUAUAUUUCUGAAACCUUCUUAA